AGAAGCUUCCGUAGCGAGGGGGCGGAGCCCGGAAGGGAGCUGGAUGGCGGCUCUGGACAGUGACAGCGAGGAGGACCUGGUCAGCUAUGGGACGGGCCUGGAGCCUCUGGAGGAAGGUGAAAGACCAAAGAAACCCGUUCCUAUUCAGGACCAGACUGUCAGGGAUGAGAAAGGAAGGUAUAAACGCUUUCACGGCGCCUUUAGUGGCGGCUUCUCCGCAGGAUACUUCAAUACUGUCGGCUCUAAAGAAGGAUGGACACCUUCUACCUUUGUAUCUUCAAGACAGAACAGGGCAGACAGGUCUGUUCUUGGACCUGAAGAUUUUAUGGAUGAAGAGGAUCUUAGUGAAUUUGGAAUAGCACCUAAAGCAAUCGUUACCACAGAUGAUUUUGCUUCCAAAACCAAAGACAGAAUACGGGAGAAAGCCAGGCAACUGGCAGCCGCUGCAGCCCCUAUUCCUGGAGCCACGCUGCUCGAUGAUCUCAUCACGCCGGCAAAACUGUCUGUUGGCUUUGAACUCCUAAGAAAAAUGGGUUGGAAGGAAGGACAAGGUGUUGGCCCUCGGGUGAAGAGAAAGCCACGCCGACAGAAACCGGACCCUGGUGUUAAGAUCUAUGGCUGUGCCCUGCCGCCCGGAGGCUCUGAAGGGUCUGAGGACGAAGAUGAUGACUACCUGCCUGACAAUGUGACUUUUGCUCCUAAAGACGUCAUGCCUGUGGAUUUUACCCCUAAAGAUAAUGUACACGGGCUGGCCUACAAGGGCCUGGACCCCCGCCAAGCACUGUUCGGAAGGCCAGGAGAACAUCUGAAUCUUUUUGGUGGAGCAUCUGAGGGGACCAGCCAUCUUCUUGAAGAUGUCGGCCUGAGUAAAGGAAGAAAAUUGGGAAUUUCUGGCCAGGCUUUUGGUGUAGGCGCCCUGGAAGAGGAAGAUGAUGACAUCUACGCCACGGAAACUCUGUCCAAGUAUGAUACUGUGUUGAAGGAUGAGGAGCCUGGAGAUGGCCUCUAUGGAUGGACAGCUCCCAAACAGUACAAAAGUCAGAAAGGACACGGGGGUGCAGGCUCUGGUACUGGGCUGCUGGACUCUGGAGUAGAAGUUAUCGAAGAUAUAGGAUGUGGGGCCCGAGUGUUGGCUCGCAGGGUGCUCUUUAGCUUGAGUGAGAGGAAGGACCUCACCUGCUUCGUCCCCCAGGCCCUGGGCCAGUGUCUGGGGAGUUGGUGCGCAGUGAGCUUUUGUGGGUCAGCUACUUCAGUGUUGGAGUUUCUAUCCCAAAAAGACAAAGAAAGAAUUAAAGAAAUGAAACAGGCGACUGACCUGAAGGCAGCUCAAGCCAAGGCCCGGAGUCUGGCCCAGAGCGCUUCAAUCAGCAGAGCACAGGCCUCCACACCGGACCUCGCAGCUAGCCCAUGGCACCUGGCCCCGGGCAGUGGGGCAGCCCCCACCAGAGCCAGCAACUUCAAGCCUUUUGCCAAAGAGCCAGAAAAGCAGAGGCGAUAUGAAGAGUUCUUAGUACACAUGAAGAAGGGUCAGAAAGAUGCUCUGGAUCGAUGCCUGGACCCCAGCAUGACGGAGUGGGAGCGAAGCCGCGAGCGGGAGGAGUUUGCUCGGGCAGCCCAGCUCUACGUGUCCUCCCACUCCACCCUGUCCUCCAGGUUCACUCAUGCCAAGGAGGAAGACGACUCUGAUCAGGUUGAAGUUCCUCGAGACCAAGAGAAUGACGUCAGUGACAAGCAGUCAGCUGUGAAGAUGAAGAUGUUUGGGAAGCUCACCCGAGACACUUUUGAGUGGCACCCCGACAAGCUUCUGUGUAAGAGGUUUAAUGUCCCUGACCCUUAUCCAGGCUCAACAUUAGUCGGCCUACCCAGAGUGAAGCGGGACAAAUACUCAGUCUUCAAUUUCCUGACGCUCCCAGAGCCAACCCCUUCGCCCACAGCCCCGGCACCCAGUGAAAAAGCCCCACAGCAGCAGCAGCAGCAGCGGGGUUCUGACAAAUCCAGGAAGCCAUCACGAUGGGACACAUCCAAACAGGAGAAAAAGGAAGAUUCCAUUAGUGAGUUUUUAAGUCAGGCCAGAUCAAAAGUUGGCCCGCCGAGGCAAGAACCCAGCACCUCAGGAAACAAGGAGGAGGAACAGGCCCCAGAGCCACGCCCAGACAAGACAGUAGACAAAGGUGUGGAUACGCAGAUGGAAGGGGAACGUAGCCGCCCUUCCAUGGAUAUAUUCAAGGCCAUCUUUGCCAGUUCUUCUGAUGAACAGUCUUCAUCCUCAGAGGAGGAGCCAGACGACAGUGAAGACAAUCAAGAGCACACUGAGGAGGCCAGCUUUAAAAGUUCCCAGGAGGCUGCUGCUGGGGAGACCCCUGUGACGCAUGCUGCUGAGCCAGAGCCCUGUGCGCCCGCAGUGCCCUUCCCCAUCCAGAAGGUACAGAUGGAUGAGCGAGAAGAGUUCGGACCGCGGCUGCCUCCCGUCUUCUGCCCCAAUACUCGUCAGAAACUUGAGACACCUCAAAAAGAGAAACCUAAGAAGAGCAAAGAAAAACACAAGACCAAGAAAGAGCACAGACGAAAGAAAGAGAAGAAAAAGAAACACAAGAAGCACAAGCACAAAAGUAAGCAGAGGAACAAGAAGUCAGAGAAAAGCAGCAGCUCCGAGAGCGACGGCAGCGACAGCGGGAGCGAUGAGGGGGCGAUGGCGGACCUGUGCCCCCAGGAGCUGCUGAGACGACUGAAGAGUCUCCCGCUAAGGAGGCAGUAAUGGAGUCCUGCCCUGGCCCGCCUCAGCCUGGAAUUGCCUCCAUGCUGAAGUCCCUUGAUUUCCCAGCUCACACAUUGUACAAAAUGUAUUUAUAUGUAAAUCUUGCUGUAAAAUAAGUUUUUAAACCUUGACAUUUCACAGGCUGCCCUGAAAGGUUGCAGAAAUUGAUUCCUAUUUUUAACUUCAGUCCCUGUUAUGGGGCGAGAAGACUGAACAGUUUAAUUAAAGUGGCUUUUUUUCUA